UUGUAGCGUCGGCCGACUGGCGUCGCUAGCUUCGUUGUUGCUGGCCGUUUGUUGGUGUGUCUGUAAAUGUAUGAGCGGCGGCUCGAGUCAGCCCAGCCAUCGCUCGCUUUGCCCGUGUGACCGUGUGUGCCACGGACUGAGAGAACGGAGCUCGCUAUUGCAAAUCGGGACGCCUGCCUCAGUCAGCAGCGCAGUGUGUGCGCAAACCACCCUGUGCAAGAGCGAGCGAGGCAAAGAGGGACUACUGUGGCAGUGUGCCGCCGCCGCCAGUAGCAGCAGCCAAGGCUUUGCGAAGCUGAGUGCGCCCAGGAGCUGAGGCUGCACCACACGAGUUGUCUCUAGGCGAACCACGGAUCUUCCCCUCGGUCAGAUACUUUAAUAAAUAUGGGACAGCGAAGGAAUAUAUCCAGCCACUCAACAAUGAAUUACUUGCCUCGAGUUUUUGAGGAAUGAUGGAAAGGUGUCUUCUGUGCAUUAAACGUUGUCAAGGCAAUACACAAAAUGGAGCAUUUCAUUCUCAUUGACACAAAAAGAGCCCAAUGUGGGUUGAAGUGAGAUGGCAUCCAGGGAGAAGAAAGCCCUAGCGCCUUCAAAGUCCAAGCAGAAGGCGAAUAAUAAUAAUAGUUCACAACUCGCUGAUACCGCUGAUAACGUGACUACACGUGUGGCAGGUGGCAAAAAGUCAAGGAAUCUGGUGCCCAAUCCCAGGAACAAGCAAGCUCGCGAGCUUUUGGAAGCGAUCGCGACCAACAGUCAGCUGUCGAUCAGAGACGAAGCUGCAUUGCCGCGUAAACGCGCCCUACAAACGGCCCUCAAGCGCAAGAAGGUCAAGAAAACUCUGAUUAAGGUCAAGCAAAAAUUGCCCGAUAAGACGCUCAAAAGGACCACCGAUCCCAAGAAGCAGAAGAAGAACAAAUCCAAUAAGGCCGUCUCCGACAGCUCCCUCGACAGUGGCUUGGAGUCCGAGGACGCGAAAAACAAGAGCAAAACUGGCAAGAAGUUGAAAGCUUCCACAAAAACUUCCGGAGAGAUAAAGGUCGAAGUUGAGGAGAAAAGCAGCCCCAAGUUAGUGGGCAAAAGAUUUAAAGAAUCUUCACCGAAGUCUGCGAAAAAUAAUAAACAAUUAGCGGCGACAGCGGCGCAAAAGCGACAAGAGAGUAAGGAAAGGGAGAUAAAGAUUGAGCCGCUGGAGCUUAAACAUAUUAAGACAGAGCCGGUGAAUGAUUCUUACGAGCUCACUAUUGAGGAAGUCAUAGCGUCUUCGAUGCUGGUUGAGCCUGGCAUCAAAAUUAAAAGCGAAGAGUCUGCCGGUGAUUUGAAGGGCAAAAAGCACGCAAAAACUGCCAAAAGAAGCUUAAGAAACGGGAAACUUCGUCAAUCUUUACAAAAGGGCGAGACAGAACCGAGGAGGUCGGUCAGUAUGUCGGAGACAGGCGUGAACAGCGUAGAGUCUCUGAGUUUGCCCGACACCGUUGUCGAUGUAAAGAUCGAGAGGGAGGAUCCAGAAGAGCAGCCUGAUAAAGAGGAAGAGGAGGCAGAAGAAGAGCAAGAGGGUGGUGAUAAUAACGUUCAUUCUGACGUCGAAACCAACAACAACGCUGAAGCCGGUGAAAACGGACCAACGCUUAGAUCCAAAACGAAAGCGCGCAAUUCCGAUAGCAGCGACGAGAUCAAAAGCGAGAACGGCGAUCUGAAAAAAGACAAGAUGCCCGCCAAAAUUGCAGACGUCAAAUCUGCAAUGGGGGUUAGUAAUAAUAACACACCCAAGAGUCGUAGGAGUAGUCUCAAUAUCAACGUCGAACACUCACCGAUGUUUACCGGGAGCAUUGAUAAGAUGACGCCAGAUGGCACCUCGUUGGUAAUUGACGAAAUGAUCGAUAAGAUCAAAUUGUCAAUCGUUAAGUCCAUUGAAAAAUCCAUCGAGAAUACAAUGAUAAUGAGCCAGGCUUUCGAACCCUUGAAGAGGGAAGAGAUCACUGCGACAAUACACAAUGAGGUGAUCGUUCCUAGUUCAGAGAAGGACGCCGAUGACGACAAAUCAAGCGUUUCGAAGAACAGAGGGUUAGGACCAAGCAUGGCAAAGAAGGAUAUAAAGAGCGAGGACACGGAAAAUGCGGUGCCGAAAGUAGCUGAUACUGCCAAAGAGAUUGAGAAGCUAGUCAUGGGCGAGAGCGAGCCAAACAACGAGAAGGAAACCGCCGAGGAACAGCCAGAGCCGCAAGCCGACGUGGCUAAUAUUGCGAGUGUAGUAAAAGUCGCUGACGCGGAUCCCAUGGCCAAGGAAUCCAGCACCACCACUGAAUAUGUAAAAGAUUCUAAACAAAGCGAAGAAAUGAAGAAAUCUUCGCUACCGAACGCAACAAGGAAGUCAACAAGAGUAACGGCAGGCAGAUCCUCAGCGGCGUCCGAACGACAGAGAUCUUUAUGCUCAACUGAAAUUAAUAACGAAAUCGAGAAAACGAACUCAGAAGAGCAAAAGGCUGAACAAGAUCAAAAGUCCAAUGAAGUGGAUGACGAGACGAAGACUAGCAGUAAAGGUGAUGAAAGUACUAAUGCAAAUAAGACUGACACUGCCUCGGAAGUCAUAAUAGCAGCUGCCGAAAAGACAGAGGAGGCGAUGGAUGUUAAUAAUUCCACUGAAGUCAAUAAAGAAUCCGAGAGCUUUGACGAUUUAGCCAGUAGCUUGGAUAAACUUGUAGAAGAUGCUGGAAAAGAAACGUCGAUGAAGGUUCCGGAAAAUGAUUCGUCAUCUGACGUCGAAAUGAAUCUAGUAAUCGACGAGGAGGAAUCGUCAUUGGCGGAUAACUCUGAAAUUAAAGAUAAUAAAAAAGAAGGCUGUGAUCAAAAACCCGGAGAGGUAUCCGCCCCCAAUCCGGCGAUCGUACCUGAACAGAGCAAACCAUCAAAAGAAAUCGUUGCCAAGGUAGCGAAGGAAAGUGAAACUGUUGUAGGGCCAAAAGAAACUCGACGAAGUUUGAGGACGAGAGCCAGCGAUAAGCUGAGAAAAGCCGAGACUGCGAAACCCGUUCGUAUUCCUACUCCUGUUGUUCAGGAUAAGUCUGAGAUGAAAGUUGUGAAGACCGAAAAUGCUGCCACGUCCGAAGUGCCUUCAGCUAUUAACACACAAAAUGAGAAAUCUAUCGUCAACACUACUGGAAAUGAACUUUCAACAAAUCAAACAUCAAAUGUAGUCAUAAAAACUGAACCAAUAGAGCAACCAGAGCCCCAAAUGCGUACGCGGCGAAGUCGAGAAGCAAAGAAACCAAUUCAGACUCAAACUAAAGGCAGGCGUGGACCCAAAAAGCAAGAUGCAAAGAAGGUCGAAGCUCAACAACAGACUAAGGAGGAUUCAUUGCUGGACAACGAAGUGGCUUCGAUUAACGAAUCGUCCUCUAGUUUUGUGGCUACUGAAGAAAGUGUGAGAGGAGUAUCAGCUUCCGAGAGACGAAAAUCAAGUGCGUCCGAAUCAAAGAAUCGGAGUAAAUCUGAAAAUGACGUUCGAUCUACCAAUAUCUCGCGUGAAAGAUCAACUUCGGAAGAUACGAAUCCACCAACUGAAUCACAGUCAACUAAGGCAGGCUCCAACGGAAUUUCCCAAAAAGAUCUUGAUGAAGCUUCGACUUCCGGCGAAUCUUCUAGUAGUGUUGAUAAGAUUCAUGAGACUCCUGAGGACCGAGCGAAAAAGGAGGCUAUUUUGAGACAUCUUGGAUUGGAGUCAUGGGAAAAGGUGCACGAGAGAAAGAAAAAAGAGGAAAGCGGCUAUACUGGCACACUCAAGACGGUUAUUAGGAUACCAAAGGAAGGCAAGAAUUACACAAUUCAAAAGGAGGGUGGACCCAGUGCUACAGGCGACAGCACUUCUGGUGCGAAUCGAAAGUUAUCUACUAAUCCGAGAUAUUUUUGUGAUGAUGAAAAUGAAGAUUCAACUGUAAAGGAUCGACAAUCAUUAGUUAUUCCUGAAAAAUCCUCAUCAUUUUCGAUUCAUCCAGGACGCUUAUGUGCUGACAACUGUUGCUACUGUCACGGGAAAUUCGGUUCACUUGACACGCCAAUGCACUUGGCUCAAAUGAAGUCUGACGAAAGAAGAAAGAAAAUCUUAGAAAAUGAGGUACACCUUACCAAGGACUCUUGUUUGUGCGAUGCUUGUUACAGACAUGUUGAUAGAAAGGCCAACAUGAGCCCUACGAAUAUGCAGUUAAAGCCACAACGAAGUCGACAUUCCAUCAUGGAAUGUAUGGUCGUUAAUUGUACGGAAUCAGCCAGGCAUCAUGUUAAACGUCGUUGGCUUCUCAGAAUAAAGUCAAGUCUCAAAGAUCAGCUAAUGAUCAAAUGGGAUACGACACAACAUAGCACACUUACAAUGUUUUGCGGAGCUCACUAUGCACAGAUCGAAAAGUUCUUGAUGUGCACACUUUGCAGACGUCGUCUCACGAGAAAUUUUACGUAUCCCGUUGGAAUGAAAGCUGCCGAUGUGGACGAUCUGAAUAAAACUCUACAAGAUAAGGGGAUGCCAGCCACAAUGCAAGCGAAUGCAUUCUUCUGUAGACUUUGUAAAUAUUUCGUUGGAUUAUUUGUGAAACAUUCAGACAUUGAAAACAUGAGUGCCAACAAUAAGAACUUCUACAAAAAUUACCGUAAAAAGCUUCUAUUUUUCUUUAACUGCCCUGAGGCGGAAAGUGACGAAGAAGCUGGUUCAGGUCAGUCCGGAAAGAACAAGUCAAAGAAUAACGGCAAUGGUACCAGCAAAAAGUCCAAAAAAUCAAGUAUGUCAGGUAUCGAUUUGCCCGGCUACAAAUUAGAUAUCGCCCAGACAAGUUCCGCAACAGCUUCUGAUAAAUCAAGUCCUGAACCAUGUAAAAGUGAACCAAGUACGAGUAGAACGAAGGAGCCAAUACCAUCGACCAGCCAGGAUUCUCGUCCAUCGGGCAUUGAAACCGCCAUUGAAAAGCUGAAAAAGCGUAAAGCUCUUAGCACAUCCAUAAGUUUAUUACCCUCGGAUGAAUCGAACAAGAAUGGAAGUACUAAGGGUGUUGCCGAACUUCUCUCAAGGGACAAGGAAAUCACUCUCACAAGGCUACCUCCGAAACGACCGCGAUUGGAGAACAAUACUUCGAACAAUGACAUCACACCGGUUGUACAGCGACUUGGAGCGAAUCCUUCGAUUAGUGUUCGUACUUUGUUCCCUGGCGAAGAGGAGAUGAACCUUCACGCGAACAUAGAAUUUAACAACGUCAGAGAAGUGACUCCUCAAGGUUGGGAGAAAUGUGCGACGAUGAUUCAGUACGACAGAGAUACCAAGAUGCUGUGGCAGGAACUGCAAAGGCCUUAUGGUAAUCAGAGCAGUUUUCUCAGGCAUCUUAUUCUCUUGGAGAAGUACUAUAGAGCUGGGGACUUGAUUCUAGCACCAAACGCUUCAAGAAACGCUAUAAAUUACUCAACCUCAGUACAGAAUCGUCUUAUAUCGUACGAAGGUCCCGAGAAGAUGGAAGAAACUAUGGAGUCACACAACACCAUUGAACUGAACAAUUCGCGUCGUUUGAGCGGUGGUUACGUGCUCGAGCAACGAUCCUCCGCUCCUAGUACAAGUACAAGCUCUUCUCUGCUCAGCGUUACAUCUCAACUUUCGAAAAUGGAACCGUCGUCACGAGUGAUGAAACUUACUCCUGGUGUGUCGAUUAUAAAAAAACCACCUCCAAGCUUGCAACGAUUAAACGUCGGUGGCGGACAGAAUGGUAGCACCAAAAGGAAAGACGCAUUUCCUGUUCAGAAGGGUGCCAACGUUACGGGAGGAAAAGUGUUCCAACUGACCGAGCCUGAUUUCAAGAAACUACAGAACCUCAAGAGGCAAAAGCAGAUUAUGAACGAGCGGAACAGCUCAAGCCCUAACAGUAGUUCAGGUAGAUCCAAUUCUUCGCUAAACAACUACAGGGUAUCUGUAGCUUAUGAUGCAGAUAUACACAAAUCGCAGACGUUGUUUCGGAAGCACCUAUUAAUGCAGCAAGAGAUGUUGAACCAGCGCAGCCGAGGUGACUUUGAGCCUCUGGUCUGUGAAAUGCGUAGCCUAUCGAAUGAAAACUCACCAACGCAGAAUCUCAUAAACCAUUUGAACCUGCCCAAGUCAAUUCAAGUGACAACCAAGCCAUCGACGGGAAGAACCUCACCCGUUCCUAUUUUGCCUAAGAUACCCAAGAGCCUGACGGUGAUUCCGCAGACAGUCCCUAGGGCACAGGACAAGUGAUACCCGAAGCGAAAGAGGCGCUCGAUUAUUGCCUCGAGUCGGGACUUUUAUUUUUACGGCCGUCGCAAGUGACGCUUGUGUGUGCAACCAAAGCUCUACGUGUGUGUCUAAGUGUGAUGAUGAAUUUACCAAGGAAGAAGGAAAGUGACACAAAGAUUAUAUAACUGAUAAAAGUGCCUAACAAAAUAGUGACGCGUGACACUACCUUUUGUUUUUGAACUUCAUUUACCUAGAAGAAAGCAGGCGCAUCUCGUCGGUUGUUUUGGAUUUCGUGAUUAUGCACAUUACUCUUUUUUUGUAUUAUAUGGACUAUGAAUAAUUUGAUUACCUCGGAAAAAAUACUUCGAAUUAAUAGUUCAUAGUUUGUGAACGAAGAAUUUCAGAAUGAUUAUAUCUCGAAACAUUAGGAAAGCACUAAUGACAAACUAACGGUUUUUUGCCAAAAAAAAACUAAAGCUUUAAUACUGCCUAAAUUGAAAUUUGUAAAAUUUUUUAUAAAUUAUUGCAUUGUUGAGACACACUUACAUGAUCAUUAACUUAUUAAUCAAAGUUGUUUUGAUUGACAAAUUUAUGAAUUCUUCGUUCAUAAUCAUCAUUGCAUGUUUUUGCGUCAAAAUGCGAAAACAUUCAUUUUUGAUACAGUUAAUAGUAGGACUUACGCAGAUUUAGAUUGCAAUAAUAUAAAUGUACAUUGAUUUCGUAACAUUUGCAAUUGAAGAGAGCAACAUUGUUUUCGAAAAACUUUCAAGUUUCCUUUUGUCUUGAAUGACUUUCGGUUGCAAAAUUCAAACUCUUUAAUUAUUUUUAAGUAGUUUAAUGAGUUAGGUAAUAUUAAUUCACGUAUAAACUAUUUUCAAAUGUUAAGGAAUUGAAUAAUUUUAUUAUUGUAAACUGCUACCUACUAUUUACCUGAAACAAAAGCAAUGAGAGAACAAGUGUGAGAGAAAAUAAUUUCUUUCUGAAUGUGAUACGCGAUUGAAAAUAAAUGCGAAGGUUAUAUACAUUUUUUCCAGAGAGAGAAAUAAGAAAUACUUUCGGAAUUAGAUUUUUGUUCUCGUUACCCCCGAUUUUCGCCAUUACUUAUGAGUGUUCUUCGGAGGCCAGAAUUAUUAUUGAAUUUUUUUCUUUUUCAUGCGUAGAAGCAUGUAAUACUGUUAUAUAUAAUAUGAUAUUUAAAAGUAAAUAUUGCACUGUUGCGGUCAUUGCAACUACAACCUUAAUAUUUUUAAUUAAUUAUCGAUUAACUAAAUGGAUUCGAUUUUUGCAGUAGAGACAUGUAAAGUAAAAAGCUACUCAUUAUUACGAUAGGCUACGCGUUGAGCUUAUUUAUUACGUUAUAUAUAUAUAUAUAUAUACUAUUGUAUACUAUUGUAUACUAUUGUAUACAGUUGCAUUGUACAUAAUUCAAGUCGAUAUAGAUUUCAGUCUAACGUUCUUUUCAUCAAUUCACCUAUUUUUUCCUAUGAAUUGUGAAAAAGGAACAAAAGCGCAAUAAGUUUGAUUAUUCAAAUGUCUAUAAUGAAUUGUAGAAAACGAAGAAAUGGAGAAAACAAAACAUAUCCUCAAACUAUUGUAUGUAAUAGUAACGAUGCUAUAUAAUAAUUUGAACAAAUUAAUAUUAUUAUUAAUUCAAACUCACAUCACCUUAAUGUUUUACUCCAUUUCUUGUUUUCUUUAACUUGUACAUAUAUAUUAUAAUUUUAUUCAAAUUGCGGUCUUUGAAUUAUAUGAAAGCCCUUUAAUAAAUUAGUUAAAGGCCGUGGAACGUGAGUAAUUAAAUGUAAAUGAAACGAUACGAGAAACAAAGAACAAAAGUUACGUUGUGACGAUGGUAAAAAUAUAAUCAAUGAAGAUACAUUAAAAAGUACUUGCAGGUACUCUAUCAACGUAAAUGCUCUAUUUUAAUAAGGAUAUUUUUGAUAUGUCUAUAAAUGAAUAUAUGUAUAUCGAAUUAAAGAAAAAUCUUAUGAAGUUAGGUAUUCAAUUGCAUGCGGCUAUGUAAAAUGAAGGAUGUGAAAUGCCAGUAUAUUUUGAUGGAAUGUGCAAAAUUCAGACUGUCGGUAUUUUGCUGAAAUAAGAGACGCCAGGCGAGCAUUGUAUUUUUCUACAGUUUUAAUAAAUAACACGAAAUUUAUAUUUUAUACAUAGAAGAGGUUUGUCCUCUUUUAUUUUUAUCGUAAUGACACUUCUUCUGUGAUGAAGAAUAUUAGAUGCGCAAUAAAUUGUACUUUUGUAUACUUCUUGUUUGUCAAAAAAAUUAGUUUAAGUAAUUUUUUAUUCGCUUUCGUUAGUUUUUUGAAUGAAUUUUGUCGCUUGUUCAUGAUCAAACUGGUCUUAUUUUAUUUUUAAAAUCACUGUGCACAUUGCUUUAAUAAAAAGUACUUAGUUUAAGACCUAAAUAUGAAUUUUGUAUGCAUGAUUUUUUCUAUUUUAAAACUUCAAUGUUGAUUACAAUAAUAAUACUAA